CACGUAAAUUCUCUCACCCCAAACUUUAGACAAACUCUCAAACUCUUGUGUAGAGAACAAUAACAAUAACAAUAAUCCAAACUACUACACUAUCCCAAUAUAUAUUAAUACUAUUUUUAUGAACAAGUAUACGUUUGAACAAGCGAAAAUUAUCAAUUAUCAAAUCUAUUAUUAUUCUUCUUCUUGUUACUACAACAAUAAUAACAACAAUAUUCCCUAUUAAUACGCGCAUUCAUAAAGCCUGUUUGUUGAAAGAGAGAAAGAACACAUUCCCAUUACAACCCUCUCCCCUAAUUUAUUGUUAAAACUCUCAACAGCAUGUUAUCAACUAUUAGCUCCUCUCCAUCCUUGUUAGACAACAACAACAACAACAUGUUGUUGCAUCCUCAGUAGCGUUCAAUCCUACUCUUGUGGGAAGCAUUCCUUCAACACCAAGAACAACAUUAGCUUCUACUACCAAUCAAGUUGCUCAUCCGAAUGUUGUUGUCUCCUCCUCACCAUCAAUUCAUCAUCAACCAAUGACAAGUCAAUCGACGACGAAUUAUUACCAUACCGAUCAUGCACAGUAUCAUUCAUUCAGUAAUGAAGUUGGAGUUUCGUCUGCCCUUCCUCCCAAGAUGCAACAAAAGAAGAGACAUAACACAACUGCCUCGACAAGUUCUUCCUCAUCCUCCUCUUCUAAUGAGCAUACCACCAUAUUGGAAAUUGCUAGUGGUGAAGCUUUGUCAUCAACAACUAAUGGUAUAACACCUGCGACUCCAAUUCCAGUCCGACAAUAUCAGCAACCAACAAUUCAACCAAUUCUCACAAUGAAUUCCAACACCAUUCAACCACAUCAACAGCAGCAGCAACAUGGAUACUUUAUGAAUGGAUCCACUCAAUCAUCAUUUGAUAAUACUCAAAUGCAAUCUCAUCAAGGACACGUCAUGAUAAUGAUGGACGAUGAUAAGGGAGAAGCAAAGAAGAGAAAGAGAAGAAAUCAAGCCAAAUCAGCUUGUGAGCAAUGUAGAAGAGCUCACACUGCCUGUACUGAUCAAAAACCUUGUCUCAGAUGUGUCAAGUUAGGAUUGCAAUGUGUUGAAGCUCCUAAAAAGAAACAAAAACCAAAUGGUAAAAGCUCAUCUGGCAAUAACAGUCCUCCUCCAACAAAUGUUAAUAAUACAUACAGUACAGAUACAUCUCCUUAUGGUAGUGAUUUGAGCAGUUUAGCCACCAGAAUUCAAAACAUUCCCAAUAUGAAUCCAAUUGCAAGUGAGCAACAUCAACAUGAAUCAGUAAUGAAUUCAGCAGGAAAGAGCUCUUCAAGUUCUUCCUCUUCUGAUGGUGACUACUCUUCUGGAACAACCAACAGUCCAACUCAACAAACAACCUCCUAUCCUCCUCAAGUUCCUACCAUCCAAACUCCACAACCUUCCUUUGCAAUUAAUAGAUUAACACCUCUCUCAGUUUCUCAAUUCCAAACCUUAAUUAAGGAAGGCAAUGUAGAAAAGGUGCACCAAGUUUGUGAAAUUUCCUAUCAACUCAUUACUAUGAGUGUGGAUGAAAUCAAGACUAUCUAUCCAGUGCUCGUUCCAGCUGGACAAGAACAGUUAACCUUCAAUACCAACAGAAAUGGGUUCUUAUUGGCCUAUUUGUAUGGUAAAUUCAAUAUUAUGAACGCCAUGAGAGAUAUUUUGUGGAAGCAAUACAGAUCAGAAUACUUUAGUUUCCUUUUCAAGUUAAUUUCAUUUGAUGAUGAUAAGGCACUCAUUAGAAUGUAUCUUCAAGGUAUUCAAUAUGAUUUGAAUACUGUUGAAAAUGAAAAGAGUAUUGGUCUGUUGAGUUUCUGUGCCUGUUGUGGAAGAAUUGAAAUUUUCAAAUUGCUCUGUGAAGAAUUCCAAUGCUCCCUUUUCCAAGUGAGAAAUGAAAAGUAUUUACCAAUACACUUUGCCUGUAGUUACUCAAAUGUAGAAAUUGCAGAAUACAUCCUCCAAAAGUAUCCAAUCCAAUUGGAUAUUCAAGUUAACAAUAAUAGUUCUCCACUAUUGGUUUCAGCAGCAUAUGGCAGUCUCAAAAGUAUCAAAUUUUUAAUUGAUCGAGGAGCCAAUGUAAAUUUAUGUGACAUUGAUGGUCUGUAUGCUAUUCACUAUGCCGUCAAGUACAAUCACUUUGCUGUUGUCCAAUAUCUAGCUCAACAUAAUGCUGAUUUUUCUGUCAAGAAUAACUCUGGUCAAACAAUAUUUGACUUCGCGACAGAUUCAGACAAGAAGUUUAUGCUAGAACUAAUUGUACAAAACAAAAACCUUAAUGAUAGAAUUUUAUUACAGGAGGAUAUAAUCAAAAACAUGAAACCAACAUCAUGUAAAUAAAUAUUCCUCAAUUUUUU